UUCUUCUGUGUCACCUCUCCGAAUCUUCUGUGUCACCUCUCUGACUCUUCUGUGUCCAUCAGCGAGCGCAUGGCCGCCUCCAGUCAGGUCUCCUUCCGAUACAGACGAGUGUCCGUCAACUGCAGCUCUCAGGAGGACAACAUGGACGCAGCAUUGGGAGGAACCCUGCAGAGAACACAAGUUGACGGGGCGGUUCCUGUCAGCAGCUCGUGGCACGAGCACCCUCGUGAGUGGGUUCGCUCGCACGACAACGCCGUCACGCCCAACUCCUCGCCCAGUCCCAGCCGGAGGUUCAGACCUGCGGGCAGAGCCUGUGUCCGAUGGCCCUCCUUGACGCCGCUCAAGAGGAAAGGGGGGGCGGAGUCAGACGGUCCGCCCAAAAAGCUUUUUGUCACCGGCGUCCUGGACCCCGCCGCCCACACGGCCAGCGCCUCACUUGCAGACUCCGCCCCCAGUCCUCAGUCGUCUCCGCUCGCCUCCCACCUGCACCCGGCGCAUUAAUAACCCUUUCCUAAAGGCAGUGGGCGGAGCCAGAAGUGCCUUAGAGUGACACCCAGCACGUCUUUAGCCAGCAAGGAGCAACACGUGUACAAACUCUACUGCGCACGUCCAAAAAGGCGCUCAAACCGGACGCUUUUUUUUUUUAAGGCGUCCGGAGGUUCCUUAUUUCUCCACUUGAAGUGAAGGAUUUGCACUCGUAUGAAGCCAAAGACCACCUCGGCGCUUAUUUCCAGACUUUUGGAUUUCAGCUUGCCGCCUCGAAUGUGUCUGUCGGAGGCGAGCGAGCGAGGCAGCCGUCGUCAUGGCGACGGCUUGAAGUAUUCGGUUUGUCAACAAGACUUUUCACAGGAAGGAAAAAGAACAAAAUGUAUUUUUAUGCAAUGUCGAUACAGGAUUAAUAAACGUGUCAAAACAGU